CCAUUUUAGCGAAUGGAGCUGGAGCUGCUGCUGCUGCUGCUGCUGCUGGGGCCAGAACAGCAGCUCCCACUUCUCUCCAUUCCUCAAUAGCACUGAGCCUCUCUACUUCCUCAGUAAGAGCAUCGGGCGAGAGCUGGCACCCGGCCCCCUUUUCAGGCGUCCUUGCUUGGGAGUUCACCAUGGCUAAAGGUGACCCCAAGAAACCGAAGGGCAAGAUGUCUGCUUACGCCUUCUUUGUGCAAACUUGCCGGGAAGAGCAUAAGAAGAAGAAUCCAGAGGUUCCUGUCAACUUUGCAGAGUUUUCUAAAAAGUGCUCGGAGAGGUGGAAGACUAUGUCGGGGAAAGAGAAAUCCAAGUUUGAUGAGAUGGCAAAAGCUGAUAAGGUACGAUAUGAUAGAGAAAUGAAAGACUACGGACCAGCGAAAGGUGGCAAAAAGAAGAAGGAUCCUAAUGCACCUAAACGGCCACCGUCUGGCUUCUUCCUGUUCUGUUCAGAAUUUCGUCCCAAGAUCAAGUCUACAAACCCUGGCAUAUCCAUUGGGGAUGUGGCAAAGAAGCUUGGUGAAAUGUGGAACAAUCUGAGUGACAAUGAGAAGCAACCUUAUAAUAAUAAGGCAGCCAAACUGAAGGAGAAAUAUGAGAAGGAUGUCGCAGAUUAUAAGUCGAAAGGGAAGUUCGAUGGGGCAAAGGGGGCGGCUAAAGCUGCCCGGAAAAAGGUAGAGGAGGAAGACGAGGAGGACGAGGAAGACGAGGAGGAGGAGGAGGAUGAAGAAGAUGACGAAUGAAACUGUACCAUAUUCUGUCUCCAUGUGAAUACCAUAGAGUAGGGGAAACACCUUUAAAUGAAACACCUCUCCUUUGUGAUGGUGUCGAUUGCCCUCAUUAGGUUUAAUUGGCUUCUGAUCACAUAGCUUCUCAAACGUGCUUCUAGAUAGACAUUGUAACUGGUUUACAUGAAGUAGCCAUGGGUAUCUCGGAGCACCCAGAAACUGUAUCAAAGCUGUUGUACAUAAUUCCAAACAUUUUUAAAAAUGAAAAGGCGUUCUCGUGUUCUCCUCACUCUGUGCACUUUUGUUGUUGGUGUAAAACAAAAGCAUUUACAAAUGUUAAUUCAGGCAUUUUUUUUUAAUUUGUAAGGUGGUGUUUAACUAUAUGGUUAUUGGCUAGAAAAUUCUGGGUUAUAAACUGUACAUAUCUAUAGUUUGUAAAAACAACAAAAAAUCCCCACACCCCUAGACAGAUUCUUGGGGUCCAGGCUUGAAGGGGGCAUGAGGUUCGUCUGCCUUUCUUAGGGGGCUGCAACCCAAAGCCUACACUGUGAGGGUAGAUUGCAGGUACACUGCAUUGGGUGUCCAUUUAGCUUAAAAGUUGUCUUUCUGUAUAUAUAGUGAAAUAGCACCCAGCUCCCGUUCUUAGGUGUCACAAGGGGGGUGGGGGUCAGCUGGCAUGAGAAAAGUGUCUGGAUUUUUGGUUUUCUUUUUAGUUGAAGUGCAGUAGUUUUAAAUUGAAAUUGUAGAGUCCUGCCUUGUAUCAGUCAAACAGAAAGCCAGGGCAGUGAUGCAAGGAAAGGGAAAAAAAAAAGUGUUCUUAAACACAAUUUGGAACGUUUGGGGUUUUUUUUUUUUGUAUGUUUAGAAUGCUUAAAUGUCUUUUGAAGCAAAAUAAACAGUAUUACACUUUUAAAAACUGUACUUGACACCAUUCAAAAUUUCUGGGUUUGAAGCAGACUUAACAGCCCAAAACAAAACAGUACUUUGGAAGACCCAUAACCCUAUGAGUCUGGUAGCGAUAGAUCAGACAUUUCCUAGUUGUCUCAUCCCCCACCCCUGUUUAAAAAAAUAAAACCAAACCUGAGCAUUGAUGGAGUUCAAGGGAGUGUCUACUUUAAGCUACUCUGUCAUUUAUAUUGUUGAUAUAUGAGUAGCAUUAAGAUGGUAUGCAAGUCUAUGCUUACUUGGAUAGGGUAGACGAGUGAAAAAGGGACCAUUCCUGGACUCUCCUGCCUGUAAGUUAAAGCUUUCAGAAAUAUCGAAAAGCAGGCAGUAAGGUUUUAGGCUAAUUCCACUGAACAGGUUUUGACUUUUUCCCCCUUCUCUGGUUUAAGUUGGGUAUGCAUUUGCUAUAUGUACUAAAAUGUGCCUUUUUUAAAAAAAAAAAAAAUUUUUUUUUUUUUUUUUUUUUUUUUAGUACUGCUUCAAAUUUGCUUUGGGGGUUCCUUCCCACUUCCCCUCCCCUCAGUUUUGGUCUAGUACUCAAGUUUUUGUCCAGAAACUUCUCAGCUCUGCCAAGUCAUAGAGGAGGGAUGGCAUAGCUGAACACUGGGUUCUGGGAGGAAGCUCCAGGUCAGCUACCACUUACAGAAAGGGCAAUUAUGGCCACUAAGUGAGGGUUGUGGCAUGACACCCCCCCCAUGUAGGUGGGGGUACUUCAGACUUAUGAGGGAGACCCUGCAGCAUGUUUGUCCCUCAAUUGGAAUGUCUUCCCUCUCAUUCUCUUCUAAUCAUUAAAAAUAUGUAGAAAAUCAAAGUUGAUUUGGGGGUUAGUUGAGUGGGGAGAUGGCCCAUAUGUACUGAAGUGUUUUGAGAACGGUGAUGGACAAUGUUAGUGUCUGGAAAGAGGUGGAAUUCUUGUGGUUUAGGGCACUAUAGUCCAGCAGAUGGGGUUAAAUUGGAAGUGUUCAUCCGAUGUGUUCUAUUUGUAUGGAGGGAACCCUUCUCACGGGAGAGUCUUAAACAACAUUUUUAAGCUUUCCAAGGUGUGAUCGGGGGUCACUUUUCAGGAAAACUGUAAGUCAGGGCAUAGAGGUGUGGCCUGUUUUCUGUGGUCCUGUGUCCCCUGCCCCCCCCCCCCCAGGUCCUUUAUUCUGAAAUUGGUCAAAUGGUCUUUUGUUGAUGGUUUUUCCUUUGUGCUGGGGCAGUAUUUCCCUAUAUCCUCAAUUCUGGUAAAGGCUUAGGGUUGUUUUGUCUUGUGAACAUGAGCCUUUCUGACCAGUGGGGUCACCUGUGGAGCCUCUUUAACAGUUAGAAAACAGUCUGUGUUAAAUUCAGAUCUCAGGCCAUUAAGGGGUUUGGGUGCCAAGUGCAUGGUUAGAGGCAUAUCCUUUAGCCCUCCUUUUUAUCUUUGCCAACUCCUCCCUCUUUUUUUUUUUCUUCUCACAGAUAAUUGAGCUCCAAGGGUUGGCAUCUAGGGCUAAAGAAGGCACUAGUCCCUUGUUUCCCCCAUGUACCACAGUUCCAUUUCCAUGCCUGACUUAAACUCAUCCCAAGGUACAAGUCUCAGGAGUAGACAAAGUCAAGGGGAUAGUGUCCACAGGCAGUCUUUUGGAAAUGGGACAUGGGGCCUGGGCCAGCUUGGCACAAGGUGUCCUCUCCUGGUGGGCAUUUCAACAUGUCUCGUUUCACAUCUGAGCAGUAGCUAGUUUGAAGGCUAGCCAGGGCCUCUCUGCCUUGCCCUGUGAUUUGUGCUUCAGUCUUGUUUACUGAGUAUUUGCCUAGGCAUCGUGUACCAGCAAGUUCCCCAUGUGCCCAUUGGGGCUGCAGGGUGAGGAGGCUGGACUAGAUGACCCAGCCCUCCCAACUCUGAAUCCUUUGAUCCUGUUUUUGACUGUUCCCCUUGUCCUUGAGUUGUCAUGUUAGGCUGUAAACUACAAGCCUCUUGGGGGGUGUUCAGGGCAGAAGGGUGGCAUGCCAGUAAAGGGCAUCCGAAUGUAACACUCACUUAAGUUGGGUUCAUUCCCUCCCCUUUCCCACCCUAGGUUUUGGGAAAUCUCACUGUGAACUGGUAUUUUAGGAAGCGUGUUGAGGGGUUCUGAAGACCAGCAGGACAAUAAAUUUAAAAAAGAAGGCAGAACCUGAGUAGUGGCUGUUGGGAUGGGGGCUUGCUAAUUAGAUUUCUUCAAAAUUGAAGCUAGUUUAGGCAUUAAGGAAAAACAUUUGCUUAGCAGAGGAACAUUCUUCUAUUGCCUGAUCCCAUUAGGACUGGGGCUGUGUUUUGUAAAGCCUUGAUUGGGGGUGGAGCUAGGUCUGAUUGUUUUUUGCAAUGCCAACCUGUCUAUACAUACUUCAAACACUUUAGUCUCUACUACUCUUUCCCCAUUUUUCUUCUCUCACCUCCUUCCCUUUCUCUUUUUACUUUCCUCUCAAUGAGGUCUGAUCUUUGGGGGAAAACAAACACUCAAAAAAACCUGGGCUUAAUGUAGCAACUGUUGUCAAAGUGUCUCUCCCAUGUUUAUGUUCUUGUCAAAAAGUGUAUCUAUCUAGGGACCUUUUUGGAUGCAUUCAUUUUCUGUAAUAAAGUUUAUUAAUCAGUCUUCCCAAAAAGAAA